AUGGACGCUGACCGCCGCGAGGCGGCUCCCAUCUGGCGCGAAGCCUUCGAGAAGAUUCUUGCCCUCGAGGAGCACAAGGAUUUCGGGGACAAUGCCGUGAGCGGCGGCAUUCGUCGCUUCAUCGAACGCUGGGAUACCGAGCUGCGCGGUUGCUUGGGCGACGACCCGGCUCGCGUGGAGCGGCUGAUAUCCGCGCCCUACCGCAACCUGCCGCCGGAGGGACGGCGGGAGUGGGUUGCGGCGUGGCGCAGCGCCUUGGGAGGCGCGGUUGAGCCGUCCUCGCCACCCGAGCCCUCAUGUCCAGGAGACACGGGCAGCAGCCGUGGAACCACCGGACGUCGACCCCGCGCCGGCAACCCUGCUCUUCGCCCCCGGCGACGCCUCGGGGCGCGUUCCGGUGCGCCGGCGCCGGCACGUCGCGCCGGUUCCGGUCGCUAA